UUGUCCUCCACUCUUCUCCAACCCUCAUUGCUUCUGUCCACCUCCCAUCUCGCUCUCUCGUGCUGUCCUUGCAUUGGUUUCCUUCACUCGAUACUUACCGAAUAUUCCUUUCUCUCCCUAAUCCCGAACCGUCACCAUGGGUGGCUUCGAUUUCUCCAACUACAACCGCAACAACGUGCUUCACGCUAAGGGCGUGCCUCUCCCCAAAGCCACCAGCACAGGUACCACGAUUGUGGGUUGUGUCUUUGACAAUGGCGUUGUGAUCGCAGCAGAUACCAGAGCCACCAGCGGCCCCAUCGUAGCAGACAAGAACUGCGAAAAGCUGCACUACAUCGCCCCCAAGAUCUGGUGUGCCGGCGCUGGCACAGCAGCCGACACGGAGUUCACGACGGCGCUAAUCAGCUCUAACGUCGAGCUGCACUCGCUGUCGACGGGCCGACCGCCGCGCGUAAUCACCUGCAUGACGAUGCUGAAGCAGCACCUCUUCCGAUACCAGGGUCACAUCGGCGCAUACCUGGUCGUCGCGGGCGUGGACCCGACCGGCACGGGUCUGUACACGGUGCACGCGCACGGGUCCACAGACAAGCUUCCCUACGUGACGAUGGGGUCUGGCUCGCUGGCUGCGAUGUCGGUGUUUGAGUCGACGUGGAAGCCGAACUUGAACCGCGAGGAGGCGAUCGCGUUGGCGUCGGAGGCGAUCAAGGCUGGUAUCUUCAACGACUUGGGCUCCGGUAGUAAUGUUGAUGUCUGCGUUAUCGAGAAUGAUAAGCCGACUGAUCUGCUGCGGAACUAUAUGAAGCCGAAUGAGCGUGGCCAGAAGGCUCGCAACUAUCGCUUUGAGAAGGGUACUACUGCUUGGGUUAGCCAGAAGGUUGUUACCAAGGAGGAUAUGCGGAAGUAUGUCACUGUUGAGGAGGUCUCUGGGGAUCCGAACUUGAUGGAGGUGGACUCGUGAAUGGUGGGUUACAGGGUAACGAAGUAGAUUAAUCGGGUUAUACGCUUUGUUUCUGCACUUGGACGAAUGAGAAUUCUCA